AUGGCUCUGCGGCAGCCCUGGCUUCACUUGCGCUGGGCGAGACGUUUGCAGCUUCAAAGCAAGGGCGGCGCCCUGUCUCAGCUCCUAGGACAACCGAGGUGCCUGGCAGGUCCUGCGGCACAGCCGCGCUCCGAUGAAGGCUUGCAGGCUUCACCUGUGCUGGACCUUACGACGAAGAGCGUCGUGCGAAUCAGCAGAAAGUUGACUGUCGGCCAAGUGGCAGGAGCCUUGUUACAAACGCAGCCCUUUUUGCAGUCGAGCAAGGGACGGCUCAUCUUGGAGGCCGAAAACGAUGCUUCCUUGAGCGUGGCUUUGAAUGCCCUGGCCUUGUGCAACAGGCGACUGUCCAAAGCUGCAGCGAAGCAGCGCAUCGCCUUCGUGCCUGUGGUUCGCGUCUUCCGAUACCAGGAGCCUGGCAAGGCCGCUGUGCACCUACGCCGCGCGAUGCAGCUCCUGCUACAUGCUUGGGAUGCUGCGAAAGUCGUGGUCGUGCGGCGGAAGAUUGCACAGGAGGCUCCGGACGUUGUAAGUGUGAGGGGAGAUACAGAUCUGAGACGCUUGAGCGGCCUGGUGCAGUCACGCUUCCAGCAAUCCUGCGUUGGGAUAGAGGAGCUUGUGGUCGUUCGGUCCAUGGGGAGCCAAGCAAUCGACAAAAUGGUCAAAGCUCUCGCCGCCGCGUGGCAGCGCUGCGCACGCACUCACGAAGGCCAUCUGAGAGAGGCCGGCUUCCAUUGCUACAUCGAGCAUCAGCGCACACCCAGUGUCGGCUGCCAGAAGCUCGUCUACAGCGGUGUGGAGUGCACGUUGCUGCCCGGAUCAGAAAGAGCCGACGUUGCAGAGGAAUCCAAAACUUUGCAGCCGAUAAGACGCUGGCAGCACCGUGUUUUGGCGUGUGUCUGUUCGGGCGCGAUGGCUGCUGUAGCGACUGUCGAUGAGGACAAGGAAAAGGAGCGCGUAAUGUCGCUGCCACAGCUGCAAAAUCUCAUGAAGAGGGACCCCGAGGCGUACUCAGUAGAGUUCGACCAGCAGUGGUCCCACUUCGACAGCCAGAUGGAGAUCUUCAAGCUGAAGCCACAGAAGCCCUCAAGCUCUUUUGCGGAACAGGUGAUGUUCCUAGCGCAUGUGGCUCCAAGCUUUCCAGACCGGGCCAAGGCCUUUCCAGACCUUUUGAUCAGUGCAUUGAACGACCACUUCGAAGUCAUGCACAGCAACAUGCGGACAACGCUUGUGCAGGCCCUGAUUCUGCUUCGCAACCGGAACCAGUUUCCGUGCAGCAAGACGCUGCCGGUAUACUUCAAGCUCUUCAAGUCGCAGGACAAAGGUUUGCGAAAAAGCAUCUUCACCCACAUCGUUCGGGACAUUGCGCACAUGAACCAAAAGUCCAAGAAUCAGAAAGUCAACUUCGAGCUGCGUGACUUUUUCUUCGCACGGCUGAAGGAAUCCGAGACCGAGGUCUGCCGGCAUGCUUGUGCUGUCUUCAUUACCAUGUACCGACAAAAUGUCUGGUGCGACACGCAUGUGGCAAACCUCAUGAGUGCCGGGCUGCUGCAUCCUGAUUUGAAGAUUGCGGCUGCAUUGGCACACUUAUUCCUUGGGAACAAGACCAAGGGACUCGAGGGCAUCCUCGACGAGAGUGACGACGAAGAAGAGGACGACAAUAUCAACGAGGCCGUCAUGGGCAUUGUUGGUGCCAAGAAGACGGGCAACAGAGUGAAAAGGCUCAAAAGGGCCAAGAAAGCUGCCAAAAAAGCAGCGAGAAAAAACGGCAAAAAAGACAACUCAGCCGUGAGCUUCGUUGCCAUUGAUUUGCUGAACGACCCGCAGACUCUGGCCGAAAAGCUGCUGCAGCGCUUGAGCAAGGGCGGCGAGCCCUUCCUUUUUCGACUGCUGAUGCUGCACCUCGUUGCCAGGUUAAUCGGUCGGCAUCAACUGCAGGUGCUGAACUUGUAUCCGUUCUUGCAGAAGUAUUUGGUCCCAACGCAGAAGGAGGUUACGAAAGUGAUGGCCGCGUUGGUAGAGGCAUCGCAUCCCGCUGUGCCACCUGACGACGUCCGACCGGUCAUCUUGCACAUAGUUCGGUACUUCGUCACGGAGGCAAACUCCCCUGAGAUCAUCGAAGUUGGCUUGAACACGAUCCGAGAAGUGUGUGCCAGGUCCAUCAACAUACUGACCGAAGAUGAGCUGGCCGAUCUUUGCAGCUUUCGCAAGCACAAAAACAAAGGCCAUUCUGCAACGCUUGCAGAUGGUGGCAGCCGCAGUGCGGCUUCGUCAAGUGCUCGUCUCGAUCCCUUUUUUUGGCCAGGAGUAUCGAUGGCAGCAGCUUGCCCAGCACUGUUGCGGUAG